UUCCUUUAAAGAAGUAAGGGUAAUUUGGUAAACGAAAAGGAUUCUCUCUCCUCAGUGCUACCAUCUUCAUCUUCCAACGUCGAUUAGCUGGGACGAAAGCUGAAAUUCACCGACGCCGAUGGCUCUCCUUCAUUCUUGUUAUUUCUUGGAACGUCCUUCACAUUACCCUCUUAUUCCGUCCCAAAAAUCGACAUCUAAUUCGCUCUUAUUUACAGUCUCUGCCCUCCGUCGCCGGUACGGCCUGAACAGUCGGCGUCCGAUAGUGAACGCGAGCCUCGCCGUCGAUUCUCCGGCGGAAUCCGGCGUAUACCACGCCGGAGAUUCCCCAAAGCUUCUACUUGAAGUUAAAGACCUUUCGGCAGUGAUUGCUGAAUCGAAACAGCCGAUUCUUAAGGGCGUAAACCUCACCGUCUACGAAGGAGAGGUUCAUGCCAUCAUGGGGAAGAAUGGUUCUGGGAAGAGCACUUUUGCGAAGGUUCUGGUUGGCCAUCCAGAUUAUGAAGUUACAGGUGGCAGUGUGGCAUUUAAAGGCGAGAACCUGCUUGAUAUGGAGCCAGAGGAGAGGUCCGUCGCUGGGCUUUUUAUGAGCUUCCAAUCCCCAGUGGAGAUUCCCGGUGUUAGCAAUAUUGAUUUUUUGAAUAUGGCUUAUAAUGCUCAAAGGAGAAGGCUUGGUCUUCCAGAGCUUGGACCAAUUGAGUUCUAUGGCUACAUAUCUCCCAAGCUUGAUCUAGUGAAUAUGAAGAUAGACCUUUUAAAUAGAAAUGUUAAUGAAGGAUUUAGCGGAGGUGAGAGGAAGCGCAAUGAGAUUUUACAACUUGCGGUUCUGGGGGCAGACUUGGCUAUUUUAGACGAAAUUGAUUCUGGAUUAGAUGUUGAUGCGCUCCGAGAUGUUGCAAAAGCAGUGAAUAGGCUUUUGAAUUCGAAGAAUUCUGUUUUGAUGAUUACCCAUUACCUACGACUCCUGGAAUUCAUAAGGCCAACCUAUAUCCAUGUUAUGGAGGAUGGGAGAAUUGUGAAGACGGGAGACAUCUCCAUAGCAAAAGUUCUUGAGAAGGAGGGCUAUAAAGCAAUUUCUGCUACAUAAAUGCUGGCUAUCAAAAUUUGCAGCCUCUCCCAUCCUUGGGUCAUAAACCGGCAAGAAAUUCAAUGAGCAUCAAUUGAGGCAAGACAAUGGUUUCAAAUUACUUGUGUUAGCGUUGAAGUCGAGUUAAAUGAUGAAUGUUUUUGCCAUUUAUCUGGGAGACAUGGGGGCCCUAUGGAUAUCGUUGCCGCGACUUAUACUGUAACUCAUCCAGUUUUCUUUAUGAGUGAAGUGCUACAGUUUUCUUUAUGAUUGAAGUGCUACAACCCAUUUUGUACUGAUUGUAAAUGAAUUGCUUGUUUUGUAUUUAGUAUCUGUUAAAAAUGUAAUAAGAUUUGUUUAUUGAGAAAUGACAUUUAAGCACGAAGCUUUAGUACCAAAACAAAUUUUAGCCCAACAUUACUUG